AUGGCUAGUGAUGCUGAAAGCACGAGCAAUGGGAGGGUGUCCAAUCGCGAAUCCGCGAAAAGGCUUCGGACGAAUAAGCAGGAGCGGGUGCGCGAGCUGAUCAGAGAAGAGGCCCUGCUGAAGGAGGAAAAUGAGAAGCUGCGCCAGAGGAUUGAAGCCGUGACUCGGAAGCACUUCGUCCGUGAGUGCUACAAUAAUGUGCUGAGGGCUCGAAUGGCUGAACUCGCCGACCGCCUUAAGUGGCUUAAUUCAUUGCUUCAGGAUAUCUCUAAGGUGACCGGCCUCGCCAUUGAGAUUCCGGGUGAAUUGCUCCAGCCCGGUUCAGUCUGCCCCUGA